GGCUCGGUUUCUGGAUGUUUCUGUCCCUCAGUCCGGCGGAGAGAUGGCGAUUAACAGACCGGGGGAGCCCGGUAACCAGAGUCCCCGCUGUGUGCUGUGCACCUCCCGCCCUGUGACAGUAUGACAUGAACCCCUGGCUGUGUUGUGGGAUCUGUGCUCCCUGCUCACUCACCGUCCGCUCAGUGCAACAAUCCCUGCAGACAGAGUGCACUUAAUUGUGUGGAAGAACAGGGCGACCUUGGAAUAUGGUGUGCUGAUGUUUUAUGACCAUGUAGAGCUGUCAUUUGCUGACAACCCAUUGGAGGCUUUCAAAGGUUCAAAGAAGGGAACUGUUUACCUGAUGCCAUACCAAGUUGUAUUUGUGGCAAAAGAUAGCAGAGAUGCACUGAAAUCCUUCACAAUGCCAUUUUACCUGAUGAAAGGCUGUGAGAUCAAACAGCCAGUGCUUGGGCCAAAUUACAUCAAAGGAACUAUCAAAGCUGAGCCAAAUGGAGGAUGGGAAGGUUCUGCAACAUUUAAGCUAUCCUUCACCAGUGGAGGUGCCAUUGAAUUUGGACAGUUGAUGUUACGUACAGCAUCACAGGCCUCUAGGGGUGAAGUCCCAGCUGGAGGAUUCGGCUACACCUACAUGCUAAACAGUGCAUGUGGAAAUACAGUACCUGUGGGAGUUGCAGCAUACAACGUACCAACAUCUGCAACCUUUGCCUACCCUCCCCCACUUCCAGCUGGAUUUUACCCUGGACCACCUCCCACAGAGGGUACAAUGAACUACAUGGCUCCUCCUCCUUACCCGGGACCCAUGACUCUUCCAGGAGGUGAAGCAAGGCCUGCAGAACAGGCUGAAAAUACUCAGAGCAGUCAGUCAGCCCCUCUCAGUGUGCCCAUGGAGCAGCCCCCUCCUUACACUCCACGUGAUGAGAGCCAAGGGCAGCAGAGUGACCAGCUUGGGAACACACUCCCCCAGCCCCUUGGUGGUUGGAGCCAGCAGCCACAGCAUGCAUCACCCUUCUACACUGCUCCUGCCUCCUCUCAAUAACUGGUGAAUUGAAGACCUGUUUUCCUGCUGAAGAAAGUGACACCGACUCACCGCAGCUCAGCUUUGUCAUUUGGCUGUAGCACCUCCGUAGGACAUCAUGCAUUGCAUCCCCAUCCUUUUUUUUUCUCCCCCCACUUCUUCCCUCAGGCAAUGGAAGCCAAGCAAAAUGAAUGGCAGCAGACAGCAAGUUUACCUAAGAAACUGCAGGCCAUUGAUUUGUUUUCCUUCAGCAAGGGGUCAAUAUUUUGUUUUUCUCUUUCCUGCUAAGUUUCAUUGCUUGGAUACACACAUCUGAACCCAUCAAUAUUCUUCCCUACUAAGCUCCCCAUUGGAGACCAUCUAAAAUUCAUCUAUUAUCACAGGUGCAGGACAGAUAUCACUGUCUGUUUGGAUGUCAGGUUCCCUUUGUCUAAACAUCAAGAUAUUCAGCUUUGUAAUCAGAUUUGAGGCACACCGACGGCUUCUUUGGAUAUCAGUCUCCAACUGUUCACCUUCAGGUGCAGUUUUCCUUUAUUUUACCAGUAACAUUCCAUAUUUAUUUAGAAUGGCUUAGUGACUCUGGUGAGAUAAUAAGCAAAUGAAUGCUGUCAUUCAGCUUUUGUACUUUGUGUUAUGGACCAGGCCAGACCCCCUCAAAUAUUUCAAGAAAGUAGCCCAGACCGUGGCUUUGCCAGUUGUUUUAAGCAGGUGUAUAGUGAAUAUUUCAGGAGUGAUGCAGGUGGCCCAACCACUUCGUUCUUAAACAACACAGAAUUUAUUUGCAAGGUUAUCAAAUGAAACACAAACAAAAGAAAACAGAAUGCAGAAUAACCUGAUCUGUCUGAAAACCCAACGGAUUAUCUCAACUUAAUGAUACUGUUCCAAAUACUUGCAACAAUCCCUAUAACCACCCCUUGGCACAAAAGGCAAAAUCAAACAUAGGAUCUUACAGGAGGAAUGUCAGAGAGAGGGAGGAUCAGUGUGUACCUGUUUCUGAGUCCAGCAGCUUCACAACUGACUGCCUGCUCAAACCAAACCAGAGAAAAAACUGAGUUGGGAGAACUGGCCACUCUCCUUUCAUUUUUUUUUAAAAACAUGAAAGCCUUUUGCCUGAUCGAGUAUCUGCUAGCUAUCAUCAAACUGGUCCUCAAACCCUUCAAAUCUAGACUUCUUGGCAACUCUGUCUUUCCAACCUCUCUCAGGGGAAAAAAGAAAUUAACAACACCAUAACCUUGUUAAAGGAGCAGCAGCAGCAUCAUCCUGAUUGUCAUGGGCUAUUUGUUAAUUAGCAUACAAAUCUGCAUGGGAUACUUGGAAUGCUCAGUAAAAGCUGGUGCAGUUAUUGUUAUCUCCAGGUCACUUAUUUACCUGUCCACUGAUGACUUCAGCACAUUAUGGUGUAAGCCCAAAUUUAAACAUUUCUUGCAUUGAAUAUGAGCAUCACUGGCAAUUUGUAGCCCUUUUCGAAUUGACCUUUAGUGAAAUUACUACUAGACUGCUGCAGAGAACCAUUGAAAGUUAACCAUGUUACUGAAAAUCUAAGUCACAUAUAGGUCAGACUGAGUAAGGAUGGCAGAUUACUUACCCUUCAGCACUGUAGUGAAACAAGUCCUUAUGUCAGUUGGUAGGUUCUUAGUUAUCAUAAUGUAGACUAGUUAUCAAUUCUAGAUAUCUUAAAUGCAAAUUCAAUUACCAGCUGCCAUACUUGGAUUCAAAUUCAUGUCCCUACAGCAUGCUUGUCUAUAGAUUACUUAUCCAGUAACACUAACAAAAUGUCAUCAUCUUCCCCUUGAUACUUUCAGUACCUGAAAAUUGCCAUAGCAAAGACUGACUUAAUAUUUAUAUGUACGUUACACAGCCAAGGAGACAUUUGAAAUUCUGUUACAUUGUAGGAAAUGGAGCAGCCAAUUUGUGUACAAAAAAGACUGACCAGAUAAUCUGUUUUAAUGAGGUUAAUUGAGUUAUAAAUAUUAGCCAGUUCACCCAGAACUCCCUGCUAUUUUUUUUACAUGAUGCUGUGGGAUCUCUUGAGAGAGAUCUGCUUGAGAGAGAAGUUCAGUCUAACUUCUCAUCCACUGUCUGACUGAGUGAAGUACUACUCAUCCAGGCUGUAUAUCGGGGCAAUGGAUUUGUGUUAAUUCCCUUCUCAUGGCAUUGUGCUCAACAGAUCCUCUGCAAAACCUGAAUCUACAAUGACUGUUGUGGGAUGCUCAGUAUCCUGUACCAUGUUGAGUACAAAUGAUUAAGCUUUAUGCUUUAUCUUCCAGCUUUACUGUUGGAAUGGUGUGUAGAUAAAGGAAACAAAUGACAGUCUGGUCUGUCUUAAGAAGCCAUUGAUCGUCAAGAAAGGGACAGUAUGGUAAACAUGUUCUCAGCAUCACUUAAGCCUGUAUUGGAAUCCUCGAUACCACAUUAAAGGAAGAAUAUUAAAGCCAUGAAGCGUGACCAGAGAUGUUUCACAAGGCUUGAAAGCAAGGGUUUUCUUCAGAAGGAAGUCUUUAAUAUGUUAGGGCAUUUAUCAAUUCAACAAAAAGAUAAUUGUGUAAGAAUUUGGGAGAAUUUGUUGCACUGACAUUAGGAACAUCAGUCUUCAUGGGGAAACUGAAGUUAUUCUUCGAGUGGAAAAGGCUAAGGGAGAAUUUAAUUGAUACACUCCAAGCUACAAAGUACUUCCAAUACUUUGUGAAAAACUGUUUCCAGUGGAGUCAUAGAGAUGUACAACACGGAAACAGACCCUUCAGUCAACCUGUCCAUGCCGACCAGAUAUCCCAACCCAAUCUAGUCCCACAUGCCAGCACCCGGCCCAUAUCCCUCCAAACCCUUCCUAUUCAUAUACCCAUCCAAAUGCCUCUUAAAUGUUGCAAUUGUACCAGCCUCCUCCACUUCCUCUGGCAGCUCAGUCCAUACACGUACCACCCUCUGCGUGAAAAUGUUGCCCCUUCGGUCUCUUUUAUAUCUUUCCCCUCUCACCCUAAACCAAUGCCCUCUAGUUCUGGACUCCCCGACUCCAGGGAAAAAACUUUGCCUAUUUACCCUAUCCAUGCCCCUCAUAAUUUUGUAAACCCCUAUAAGGUCACCCCUCAGCCUCCGACGCUCCAGGGAAAACAGCCCCAGUCUGUUCAGCCUCUCCCUAUAGCUCAAGUCCUCCAACCCUGGCGACAUCCUUGUAAAUCUUUUCUGAACCCUUUCAAGUUUCACAACAUCUUUUCAAUAGGGAGGAGACCAGAAUUGCAUGCAAUAUUCCAACAUCAUUAGUAACCAAAGAAUACAGAUUUGAGGCAAUUUGAAAAAGAGAGGAGUGUGAUUAGAUUUGUUUCUAUUGUUUGAUCUGGAAUAUGUUAUCCUGAAAGGCUAUUGGAAGCUGGUUCAAAAGCAACAUUUAAGUGCAAUGGAACAAGUACUUAAUGGGGAAAUUACUUGCAGAGCUAGUAAUAAAGAACAGAAAGUGAGAUGAAUUAGAUUCUUCUUUCAAAAGUAUUGAGAGCUGAAUGGUAUCUUUCUGUGCUGUGUGAUUCAAUCUUAAUGAGUCAACCUUGGGACUAUUCCUCUUUCUUGGUGCUGGUCUGUAAAAGAGUCUCCACAGUCACCCUGUAGAUGGAUUUUGAUUUUGUUAUUCAUUCAAAUACUUUGUGAAUGAUUCUUUAAUGGCUUAAAUUACGAUGCUGCUACUGUGAUAAUGCUGAGUGCACCAGAACAAUGCUGAACACCAGAACUCUGGAGAUUUUAAUGGUAGAACUAGUUGGAUAAGGUGCAUCACCUUGUGCCAAUUUUACAUAAAACUAUCAUGCUCAAUAAGGCCCGAUUUUGAGGUCUGCCAGCCGAUGAUCUAAGAAACCUAAAAAGCUUCUGCUCUAGCAUUGAAUUGGGCCACUUAACAAGCAUCCUUAACAACUGUCUACAACAGGUGAUAGCUACUUAUUUACUUCGGUAUUGAUGGGACCAAAUACUUCAUUCAGGUUUCACGACAUAUGUCAGGCAGGAAGGAGUAUAUUGAUUAUUCAGCAAUUACCAAUAUAUAAAGUACAGAAGGUCCUUUAUGCUCAGUGUUUGAAAGAAAUUAGAUUUGUAUGAAGCUAGGAAGAGGAAUGUACCCCUAGAACCACAUUUGUUAUAGUUGAACCCAUGUGACUUGGCUUCACGCUGCUGCUUGUGCUAAGCAAUCAGACAGAGCCUUUUUAAUUAUUCAAGCUGCCUUCAGACUGCUAUAGGUACUUCAUAGCUUGCAGAUUAUAUUAAUUAGGCCCUAGGUCUCUGUGUAAAGCACAGCAUGGAGUUUGAUCCCACACAGUUUUAACCCAUUGUGGUUCACACAUAACCAUGUUCCCUUCCUCUGUAUUCAUAGCCCUUCAAAACACUUACUAAUCUACAAAUAUUAUUAGUGACCUGUAUUCCAGCAAAGGAUGAACUGGUUUAGCUGAUUGACAAUAUUUACUCACCACAGCAUAUGGACAGAUAAAAUGGGAUAGUUAGAUGUAUGAACUCGCCGUUGUUACAGUCACCAGCUUCAUGCUCCAUGCACCAUGCAUCCCUGCCUCUGAGGGACAGUUUCUGAUAUAGCAGGCCAAUGAUUUAAUGAAUUGCACAGUAUUUAUUUAUGAGAAGAUAUUCUA